AUGGUGUUAGCAAAGAGCAAGAACAGCGUCGGGCUGGGCAACAGUCUGAUGAACGACCGCUUCGGCAAAGGCAAAGGCGCAGACAGGAAGAAAGUCUCUGCGCAAGGUGUACUUCGAGUGGACCACACAACCGGACAGACCUACGUUACGAAUGAAGCGAAGGAGGCUUCUUGGGUAAAGAUGCGCAGCGUCACCGAGCAAGGCGCUCUUGACGAGUUUCUUUCCACUGCCGAACUCGCCGGCACAGAUUUCACGGCCGAAAAGAUGAAUAAUGUCAAAAUCAUACAUUCUGACCAAAAGAACCCAUACCUUCUUAGCGCGGCUGAGGAGAGGGGGGCCAGGAGGAGGCAUGCGCAAAACAAGGGAAGAUUGACUGUACCGAGGCGGCCGAAGUGGGAUGAGACGACGACACCCCGACAAUUGGAUGAACAGGAGAGAGCGAGCCUGUUGGACUGGAGACGAGGGCUCGCAGAGUUGCAGGAGAAUGACGAUCUACUUAUGACACCCUUCGAGCGAAACAUUGAAGUCUGGAGACAACUAUGGAGAGUUAUUGAGAGGUCCGAUCUGAUUGUGCAGAUUGUCGAUGCCCGAAAUCCGUUACUCUUUCGGAGUGAAGAUCUCGAGAGAUAUGUCAAGGAAGUUGACCCAAAGAAGCGCAAUCUGCUGCUGGUCAACAAGGCCGAUAUGAUGACCGAGGAACAACGACAAGUAUGGGCAACGUAUUUCCAGCAACAGGGCAUUAACUACAAGUUCUUUUCGGCUCAUCUUGCCAAAGAGAUGAACGAGGGUCGAGACGCCAUUGAGGAACUAGACGCACGGCAACUUCAACAACAGAUCGACCGAAAUAUGCCCCAGAAGACUAUGGUCCAGAACAUCCAAGAUCUCAAUCUGAAAGAUGAGGAAGGUGAAGAGUGGUCGGAUGAGGAAGACGGAUCCGACGAAUCCGAUGACCAAGACGGGUCCGAGGCUCAACCUUCAGAACAGCUAUCGGCCAGCACACAGAUAUUAACUGUCGAUGAGCUGGAAGAACUGUUUCUGGAGAACAUACCUAAAGACAGCACUCAAGAACGGAAAACGACAAUUGGUCUCGUGGGUUAUCCCAAUGUCGGAAAGUCAUCGACGAUUAAUGCCAUGAUCGGUGCAAAGAAAGUCAGCGUCUCAUCAACCCCAGGAAAGACGAAGCAUUUCCAGACGAUACACCUCUCGGAUCGGGUCAUUUUGUGUGAUUGUCCUGGUCUGGUAUUUCCCAAUUUUGCAACUACCAAGGCUGAAUUGGUGUGCAAUGGCGUUCUGCCCAUUGACCAACUACGUGAAUUUACCGGCCCAGCUGGUCUUGUCGCUCACAGAAUCCCCCAGGCAUUUUUAGAAAACGUCUAUGGUAUGAAGAUCAUCACGAGGCCGGUAGAGGAAGGCGGGACAGGGAUACCGACCGCGUCCGAAAUGUUGAGAGCAUAUGCCAAAGCUCGAGGGUUUGCCACGACCGGCCACGGCCAGCCGGAUGAGUCGAGGGCGGCAAGAUACAUCUUGAAGGACUACGUCAAUGGCAAGCUACUAUACUGCCACCCGCCUCCUCACGACCCUGAAAUCGACGGCGCGGAAUUCAACGAAGCACUGUACGACUUUGCACAUCUGCCAGCCAAGAGGCAAGCCUGGCUGAUUGCACACAAUGACGAAGCUGCGCGGGACGCAGAUACUGAAUCACAAAUGUCGGUACCUCUACGCCCGCAAGAAACUGGCAAUAAGUCAAAAUCCCUCGACAAGCGGUUUUUCGGUCCGGGUUCGGGGAAUUCAGGCCACCUGACCAUGCCUUUCAAUCACCAAUAUACAGAGCAGGGAGCACAGCAAAAGCAAUUGACUGGGCGAAAAGCAAGGACAAUGGUUGCCCUCGAGAAGGAUAUUGACCCGGCGGAUAUGAAGCUCAACAACAAGAAGCAUUUUAAGGGUGCAAGGAGGAAGGCGAGAACUGUGAGAGGAGCGAAUGACGAUGACUGA